UCACAUUCUCACUCACUAAAAAUGUUGACCACCGGUCGCCGGAAACCUUCCUCUUCUCCGUUAGCCGUCUUCCUAUUUUCACUUCUUAUUCUCCCACUACAAAAGCACGAGUGUGCUGAACCACCCAAAGAUGAAUCGCUAAAUCCGGACGAGAGGCAAGCGCUUCUCGACUUCUUGGACAAGGUUAGCCACAAUAAAUUAAAACUCAACUGGGACGAGUCCAAACUCGCUUGCACUUGGAAAGGCGUUACUUGCGCCCCUCCCGACAACAAAACUGUCAUGUAUCUCCAGUUACCUGCCAAGAGCUUUGUAGGUCCAAUACCAUACAACACAAUUGGAAGGUUAACUAGCCUUCGCAGCCUAUCCCUUCGUGUUAACAAAUUCAGCGGUGAACUCCCUCCUGAUUUCGCCAACCUCACCUUUCUUACCCGCCUUUCGUUGAAUAACAACAGCUUUAGUGGCACCAUCCCGGAGUACUUCUCCUAUUUCAGGAGCCUUGUUCGCUUAACCUUAAACAACAAUACCUUCACGGGCCAGAUUCCCUACAUACACUCAGAAAAGUUAGUUAAGUUUGAUGUCUCCUUUAACAAAUUAGUGGGUUCGAUUCCACCUUCACUUUCUAAGUUCGCAGUAGCUAACUUCACCAAAAACAUUUACCUUUGUGGUCUUCCUACCAAAAAUAAAUGCAAUGGGUCAUUUCCAGCUCCGGAUGAUCCUUUAAAACAAAAGGAAAAAGAUAAAAAGACACCCGAAAUUCUUGGUAUUUCGAUUGGAUCGGGGGUGGUGUUACUCAUUAUCCUAUGUUGUGUACGGAGGAAGAUGUGUACGCAGAUGCCAAAACCGCCAUUAGAAGCGCUAGCUGACGCGAAAGUGGAGAGAAAGAAGUUGGUGUUGUUCGACCACCAUGGGGUUCAUAGUUUUGAUUUGGAGGAUUUGUUGAAUGUGUCCGCGGAGGUUCUUGGGGAAGGGAGUGUUGGGAGGUCGUAUAAACAGGUGCUCGAGGGAAAGAAUGUGACGGUGGUCGUGAAAAGAUUGAAACGUGUGGUGGUGACGGAGAACGAGUUUAGAACAAGAAUGGAGGUUUUGGGGAAGAUGAAGAACAAAAAUGUGGUGCCAUUGAUAGGUUAUUAUUAUUCACAAGAUGAGAAAUGGGUUGUUUAUGGUUACAUCGAUGGUGGUAGCUUAUAUGAUCGUCUUCAUGGAAGUAUAGCUUCGGGACAAACGACACAAUUCGAUUGGGACCAUCGGAUGAGAGUUGCAUUGAGUGCUGCUAGGGGACUGGCAUACUUACAUGAAGACAAAAAAGGCGAAGAUGGAGAAAUAUCAGUUGUUCACGGAAACAUCAAUUCAUCUAACAUCCUCAUCCGACAAGAACCCAAUAGUGAAGCGUUCGUGUCUGACUAUGGUCUCAACACGCUUUUUGACGCUUCAAGCUCCCAGGACCAUCAUGUUAACGGUUACUGGGCCCCAGAAGUUAGGGAUACCCGAGAAGUCACAUUGAAAUCUGACGUGUAUAGCUUUGGGGUUUUGUUAUUGGAGCUUUUAACGGGUAAAACUCCAAAGCAAGCCUCAUUGGGCAGUGAAGGGGUCCACUUUUCUAAGUUGCUCGAGUCAGGUGCGCUCGAGGAACAGAAGGAUGAUACAUUUGAUGUGGAGUUAAGGAUGGUUCCUAAUAAUGUCAAGGAGAUGAUGAAGGAGUUUUUGGAAAUAGCAAAGGAUUGUGUAUCGGAAGUGCCAGAACAACGACCAAUAAUGCAGGAUGUGGUGAGCAAGAUUGAAAAAAUGUGGUUGAGACAAUCGUCCGAUGACCACUCUAAGGUAUAUGAUUAUAUGCCUUCAACAGAGACCCAGGACACACCGAGUACGAUCACGCUCGAUACACCGAGUACCAUCACACUCGAUACACCGAGUACCAUUACACCAUAAACCCAUAUGUAUGAUGUCAUGUUUCUUUUUAUUUAUGUUACUAAUCUUGUGUGUGAGUUUUAUGGGUUAGGCAAGUUUCCAUUGGGUUGAUUGUAAAUUAGUUGCUUGUAGGUUGUUUUCUCUGCACUUCUAUGGAUUCUGUAACGUACUUUUUAGAUGAAUAAAUUAUUAAAUGUAAUGUCAGAAAA